GACAGCAAUACAAGAAUCAACAAGCAAACAUACAGAGACGUAACAUUUUUCUGACACCGAGAAAAAAGAACAGAUUGUAAUAUUAUGAUUUGCCUAAGUGUUAAAAUUCAAUGCAUUCUUCAUAUGACUGGUCAGAUAUGUGUGUUUUGUGAACGAUUUUUGCACUAUUUUCUAAGUUAAAAUCAGGCUUAGAUCAUAUUGGCUUGACAACUUUAUUUAAAUCGAAUAAAAUUAUCCAAACAUAUAGUUUAGAUGGAAAACGGCCAUAAGUUGUGAGCCACCCUCCCACAUCUGGCUGCUGACAGUGAAAGAUGGGGGGGAUAUUGUGAGAUAGAGCACCCACAUCUGCUCUUCUUCCUUUUUAUUUUUUUUAAGAACAUGAGGCCUGCAAAACUGAGGUUAAACUGGAGAGACUGUGUACCCCCAAUGCAACCUAGGUCUUACUUCUGCCAGAACCUCAAAACCCAGGAGACAUUGCAUAACUACCCACAGGUACUUACAGCAGAAUCAACAAAUGAAGAACCACUCAGCAUAAUGUCAUCAGGUGUCAGUGUUUCUGUAUUUGAAAAUAAUAAUGAUAAGGGAUGUUCCAAUCAUGAUGAGGCUUUGAAACAAACAGAAAUAUGUGUUAAAAAAGAAAAAGAAGAUUUGGAAGGUGUGUUUAAUUUAGGAGAUACGAAGAUCUACACAAACAACCAGAAUGAGAACCAGUUUUCAAUGUGGUUUGACUUAAAUAAAGAGGCUGAAGAUUCCAUAAAAAUCUCAGGACAUGAACAACCUCAGAAAAGAAAUAUAUCUGAGAAAUUGAGUUGUCCUUUUAGAUACACCCUCCUUGGUAAAACAUUUAAUUUUAAACCAAAAUUAAAAACUCCACAAAUAUUGCAUAGAAGGGAAAAAUGGUACAGUUGUGAUACAUGUAAAAAAAAAUUCCAAACUGCUACUAAUUUUAAUAUACAUAUGAAAUUUCACACUGGUGAGAAAUUACACAUAUGUGAUGUAUGUGGCAAACAAGUACACAUAAUUAGAGAUUUAAGAAUACACCAGUUAAUUCAUUAUAAAGAAAAACCAUACAUCUGUGAUGUGUGUGGGAAAAAUUUUUUAAGAGAAAAUACCCUAAAAGUUCAUCAGUUGAUCCAUGUGGAAAAAAAAACAUCCAGUUUUUCUGUUUGUGGCAUAGAAAUUCAGAAAGUAAAGAAACGAAGAACACAUAAGAAGAUUUGCUCUGGAAAGAAGGUCUACAGUUGUCAGGUAUGUGGACAAAAACUGAAAACAGCUUACAAUCUAAUAUUACAUCAGAGGAUCCAUACUGGAGAGAAACCACACAUUUGUGAUUGGUGUGGUAAACAGUUUGCAAGACCAGAGAGCUUAAAAAUGCAUCAAAUGAUCCACACUGGAGAAAUACCAUACAUUUGUAAUGUAUGUGAUAAAAAAUUUCGAACAAAUAGAGAGUUGAAAUUGCACAAGGUAAUCCACACUGGAGAGAAACCACACAGUUGUGAUGUGUGUGGAAAAGCAUUUGCAAGAGAAAAUGAUGUAAAACAACAUAAAAUGAUUCAUAGUGGGGAUAAGCCAUACAGUUGUGAUGUUUGUGGCAAAAAAUUUAGAAGAACAACACAUUUAAGAAAUCAUCAGAUUAUCCACAUCAGUGACAAACCAUAUAGUUGUAAUGUGUGUGACAAAAAAUUUGCAAGAGAAAAUGACCUAAAACGUCAUCACAUGAUCCACACUGGAGAAAAGCCAUACAGUUGCAAUAUUUGUGGCAAAGAAUUUAGGCAAGGAGUACAUCUAAAAAAUCACUUGUCUGUCCACAUUAAAGAUAAGCCAUACACUUGUGAUAUAUGUGGCAAGCAAUUUCCAAGAUUAGAUAACUUAAAACUACAUCAGAAGGUUCACACUGAAGAAAAACCAAUCUGUUGUUCUGUGUGUGGCAUGAUAUUUAAAGCAAAAUCUAAUCUAAAAAUACAUGAAAGGGUCCACACUUGAUAUGCAGGAUUUGGUAGGGAGCUUAAAAACAGUAAGUAACCCAAACUGGGGAAAAAUUGUUCAGCAAAUAACCUGAGACUAUAUCAGAGGAUCCAAAAUGAUCCAAAACUAUAAAUGUAAGUGUAAAAUUGAUGUGACAAACUAUCUGCAAGACAGGAAAGCUUUAAAAUAUAUGAAAUGAUUCAUGCUGGAGAAGAAUUAUAUUUUCAUGAUGUAACACAUAUUAAAAUAUCCUUCAGAGGUAUGGGUUUAAGAUGACAUCACAUAAUCUACUCUGUGUGCAAAAAUUAAGGGCCUAAAAUUGUAUGAAUUAAUUACAUUGGAGUUAAAUCAUGUGUAUGUGAAGAAACAAUGUGCAGCAGUACAUAGUUAAGAUUACACAAUAUAAUUCACCACUCUGAACAUAAAUCACACAGCUGUGUUGUAUGUUUGUGACAAAAGCUUUGAAACUAAAAAUUACCUAAAACAUCAUAAGAUAAUCCAUACUGGGGGUGGAAGGCAUUAAAAAGUGUUUUGUGCAUGUGGCAAACGAUUUCCAAGAGAAGAUAGUUUAAAGUAACCAAAAAGAACAAAUUCUAUACAAUGAAGAAAGCUAUUUAGCUGUGCUGGUUGUGACAAAAAGUUUAGAUGGAAAACUUAUAAAAAAUUAUCUGUUGAUCAGUGUUACAGAUAAGUCAUAUAGUUGUAACAUGUAUGGUAAACAUUUCUUAGAGAAAAUAAUUAGCUUUAACUUUUAAAGGUUCAAACUGAAAGCAUUUAUGUGAUGUUUCCUUAAUAGAAAUGAUUUAUUUGUUAUUGAGAUCGUAUGGUUAAUGUUUGGUAAAUAUUCAAUAGUCUGAUAAACAAUAAUGGUUUUUGGAGGUAGUUCAGGGCUGUAAAAUCUUCUAGCCUGAUGCCUUGGUCUACCAAAUUUUGAGCUACAAGAAAUACCAUAUAUACUAGCUGAGAGCUAGUCAGUUCUGCUUGCAUGAAAUCUAUGCAUGUAUGUAAAAUCUAACUCUACAUAUAGUUAAUAAAAUUUACAAAAAUGCUACCUGCUGUUAUUUUAUCUACUAUCUUAGUAAUUUUUCUAUGAUUGGUAUCCUGUUUAUUAACAAUAAGCUAAUUCACCAGAAAUCCAAUAUAAAAACACAUGCAUGGCUCAUUUACUGACAUUUAAAAUUAAAAUGUCCAGUUAUUUAGCUUUGUAUUGGCAACACUUUCUAAUCUGAAUAAUUAUUUUUCUCUGGGAUUGGAAAAGCUAUUUUUAAUGCAAAUCUUUACUGAUAUGUGAAAAACAGUUGGAUCAAAUAACAUAGACUACCCUCUUAACAGUGGCUUUUUUCCUAGGUGUGAUGAAAAGUGCUAGGUGUUCUGAAUUUGAUUACCAUGUGGUUGUUUUGAUUUUUUCAUAUAAAUAAACUGAAUAACCUGUCCAGAAAUUUUACUUUGUUUGUAUAUUCUGGCUUAAGUUAUUUUCAAUAUAUAAGGAAUACCAUGAUCUGAAUAUAUUUCAAGAAUAUUAAUUUUUAUUUUUGUAAUAAUGUGGAAAAAGUCAAUGCAAUGAUCAUAGAUAUGUAUAUAUUUACAAGGUGUAAUAAUUUAGUUGUUAUAGUGGUGGAAGAAAUUAUUGUGAAUGCAGAAUUUCUGCUCAGAGCAGUGCAUUUCUCAUGCCUACUAGCUUGGACCUAGUUACUACUACAUCAAAAAGCUUUAUUUCAACCUUUUGGUUGUAUUUUGGUUUAUAUUUUCAUUAGUAAGCUUGAUUAUGUAAUAUUGUAUUUUUAUAUAUAUAUUUUUUAUUAAUUUCUGUAAAAUUUGCAUAUUUCUUCUUGAAAAAAAUCUAUGUAAAACAGUCAAAUAGUAGUUUGAUAUUAUGUUCCAGUUGAUGUAGGGUUUAUUUCCGAUUCAUAUUUAACUAGAUAAUAUGUGUGGACAAUGUUGCUGUUAUUGUAUCAAAGUAUAAAUCUAAAGUUAAUGUACUUAUUUUGUAUGCUUUGAAAUUUCUAUCAUCAUACAGAUAAAGGAAGACUUCAGGAGAAGCCUGAUUUCGGUAGUCAAUGCAAGGUUUAAGCUUUCACAUCUGACUCUGUCCAUAAUGGAUUUUUUUACGCUCGAAGAGAAAAAGAUUGAGAGG